GUGGCAAUGGAAACUAACGCCGGGAAGCCAGAAACACUGUGCCACGUGUGUGGCGACAAGGCAUCAGGCAAACACUAUGGGGUACCAUCGUGUGACGGCUGCAGAGGAUUCUUUAAAAGAAGUAUCAGACGGUAUGAAUCUCGACUAUGUUUGUAAAGAAAAUGGUCGAUGUGUGGUGGACGUGACUCGUCGAAACCAGUGUCAAGCUUGUCGGUUUUCCAAGUGCCUCAGAGUGAACAUGAAGAAAGAUGAUUUCCCGACGUCGAGACUUCCCGAAACGCUACCGGCGGACAUACCCCAUUUCAGUCCACUUCUCGGCACUCAAGUCGGACCACUCGCUUCGAUGAGCCCGUUCAAGAUACCUCUAUUCUCGAAUACUUUACCCUAUCCACUUCCACAUCAUGGAUAUUUCCCGACUAAUAUUUUCUACCCGCCCAUAAUAUCUAGCGAGAGUCCUGCAACAUGCAUGAUGCAAUCCGCGAGUAAAGCACCAGCACAAAGGAACAGUCCUUCUAAAUUUUCUCCACCAUUCGAACACACUGAAAAACCUGAUUCACAAUUAUGCGAAAAAAUAAAAGAGGAUGAAGUAUCAAGUUCAGAAGAAGCUUUUAAAACGGAAUGCUCUCCCGAAAAUCGCAACAAAGACAACUUGCGCACUCGUCAAGAUUCUCCGUGCGAACCGCCAAUAUUCGUAGUAUCACGAAAAUUUGAAAAGUAUGGGUUGCAAAUUGCGAAUCAAAAGGAUAAUGUAGAUCAGCAAACAGAAGAUCGCCAAAGAAUAACCUUAACUGAGAAAGCAGUUUGCGGAGAGAUCUUUAGCCAAUACGGAUCGAAAAUAAGAAAACGAAUCCAAGAUGAUUGGUCAUUAGUGUCAGAAGACAUAUACGAUCCUACAGCGAGAUUGUUAGUACUUUCGAUAAAGUGGUUGCAUGGAGUUCCAUCGUACGUACAGAUGAAAAGUUGUGAUCAAAUAAGUUUACUCACAAAUAAUUGGAAAGAACUUUUUGUUCUAACGGCAGCUCAACAUUCUUUUCAAAUAGACGAAGGCACAGUGGCAAAAACUUUCAAUUGUAAAGGACUAACACUUAAAAAUGAAUUGGGAAAACUAAGCACUCUACUGCGCCGGAUAUGUCAAUUCAGAUUAGAUAAAUCCGAAUAUGACUGGUUGAAGUCUGCGCUUUUGUUUCGUACAGAUGCCGUAGACAGCCCUUCAUCAGCGCAAAUAGAAAGUUUACAGGAGCAGACACUUUUAUUACUUCAAAAGCACUGCUUAACUAAGGAUUCGAGCCGUUUGGGGCGGAUCAUGAUGCUGUUGCCUAGCAUCUGCGCCUUGGCCAACCAGAAUAUUCUCCAAAACCUACUCUUCCCUUCCACUGCUAUAGAAGAUAUUAACGCCACUUUGACGAGAAUACUGAUGUACACUUCGACUUGAACAUACAUAUACUGUUUAACUCCUAUCUACUAAUAAUAUCUGUACAAUACAUGGCUGACUACAAAUUCAAAAAUCUAUGAAUCGGAUGUUUUCCAAUUACCACUAAAAGGUUGUUAUAAUAAAAUGUAUUAUUUACAUACCUUGUGUGUAAUUUACAAUUUUAUCAAAAUUAGUUGAUACCCACGACUACCGCGUUGUACAAUGGUACAUGGUAUAGGUUCUUUGUUACCCAUCUUCCUCAUACCAAGAUUCAUUAAAAUCAGUUCAGAUAAUGAUUGAAAUACUUUCCAAUGAGUAUGACGGAAUGGAAUACGUCCUUUUGUCAAAGCGGGCAUACUUAAUUGAAAACAGCUGAUUUCUGAGAUACACGUUUUCCUACCUUUCUUCUUGAUUUGACCGACACGUGUUAUUUUGAAGUUUACUAAAGACUACAUUAUUUUGUUUAGAUUACUUGAGAGUGUAUUAUUUAUAAGACAGUGUAACUUAUUAUAACAAGAACGUUUGUGUCAUAUUGUCGAAUAUCCUAAUAACAAAAUAAAAGACUGAACUUAAUUUCUUAUUUUCCAAUGUAUGUAAUCUAUUCACCCUAAUAAUAUAAGUACAGUAUGUAUACUUCUCCUGAAUCCAUUGACUACGGAAAAAACAUAAUAGUACAAACAAAUCCAAUACAAAAUAUCUGCGAGUAUAAUGACUACACCUGGCAGCCACAAGUCAUUGAUCAUAGCUGCAAUACCAAUGAUCAUUACGAGGAAAACAUCCAUAACGAAAUAAAACAGCCCGAACCACAGGUAAAGUAAGAUUAAUGUUUCGUUAUAUGCGAAUGCAGCAAAUAUAAGAAUUAUGUGUACUGCUGCCAUUAAAACCCCUAUAACGGCGUAAGCGUGUAAAAUGACGCUUGUCAUAUCAGUACCAAUUCCCAACGCAUAUAAGUACUCAUCUCCAAUGCUGAGUAGACUGAUGUACUGCAGACUCGGUAGCAGCCCCAAGAAACCUAUUAUGAUGGUGCCUAUUUUGAGGGUCACACUGUAACAGCACCUCUUGCCCAAAGGGCAGUACAUGUUCGGUAUGUCUUUCCAUGGUUUCAUUGUGAUUUCUCCCUUUUUUACUUUUAAUAUAAAUAAUUAUUUCAACGAGACUGAAUUAGUUUUUCCGAAAGGUCUUCACAAUAAGUACUGAACUGUUCUAACUAUAUUUCGGUGUAGGAUUGAUUACUUUCACUACGGGUGAAAAUCUUUUUCGAAGCCAUUAGUAGAUACCUAAGUAUUUUUUUAUAAUGAAGCGCUUUGGUGCAAUGAAACAUAAUUAAACAUGAACUGUGGACAUUAUCAUUAUCAGUAAAUAUUUCUAAGAUCUUGACACUGGGUAAGAUAUUGUUCUUGAAUUUGUGAGAUUUGAAAUUGUC